AAUUUCACUUUUACAUUUCCAUUUUGAAGUAAAUUAAUAUAUACCCAUAACCCAUGUCUUGUUUCCUGUCUAGUUAAUAUGAUUAGGAGGUCACAGGUUCAAUCCUUGGAGACAGCCUGUUGUAGAAAUGUGGGGUAAGGCCCGCAUACAAUAAAUCCUUGUGGUUCGGGCCUUUUCCAGGUCCUUCGCAUAACGGGAGCUUUAUUACAUCCGAUCUUUUUUUUUUUUUUAACUUCCCAUUUUGAACUCCAGUGACUUGCUCUAGUAGAAAUUCACACCACCUGUUUUACGCCUACUAAAUACUAGAACUUGUUGUUUACCCAGAAAUAGGUACAGUUGAAUUUGUACAGGGUCAAGAGCAUGCUUGUUAAUUAAACUCUAGUUUAGAUCCGUUUACCAGCGGUUUGAUUAACGAUUCAGUUAAAUACGCAAUAAAAACGUGAUUAGUAAUGGAUAACGAUGGAAAGCAAAUAAACAAGCAUAAAUUUAAGAGAUGGGCCUUCGAUGCCAUUUUCCGGGAGCUGGAGCUAUUCUUCCGAGAAAAAAUAGUCAACCAGGUGCAUUAAAGCUCCCACUAUGCGUUGGGUCCGACCACAAGGGUCUAUUCUUCCGAAAGCAAUACAAUAAUAAGGUACAACAACAUGCAGUGUAUUCCUACAAAGUGGGGUCUGGGGAGAGUAAAGUGUAUGCAGUCCAUACCACUACCUUAGAUGAAGUAGCGAGACUAUUUUCGAUAGACCCCAGUUCAGGACAUAUAACAGUAUAACAAAUAAAAAGCACAAAAGCACACAACAACAAGAUGAGAUAACACACUGCUAGAUAAUAAAGGAAAUAAGACACCCACAAGGUACUACUAUAAACUAUUUAUCCAAAAUCAUAGACAUCACCGAAACACCAUGAACAAGAAACAACAAGUGCAGAUACAAACAAAACACUCCUCCCUACUAUAAUGGUUGAACUCCUACCAAUUAAGUGAUUAACCUUCUACCCUAAUUCGAGUCAUGUCCUCCGUAAGCUGUAAUUGCUCCAUAUCAUUCCUAAUCACCUCCUUCCAAUACUUUUUCUUGAUAAGUAAAAGGAGUGUACAGUAUUGAUUGGGAAUCAAAAUUGAGAUGUUUUACAAGUGGUAGGGUCGACUAUCUAUGGCUGCAAUAAAUGGGCUAAGUUGAUAAGAACGCUCUAUCUAGGCCCUAUAAUACUAUGACCAAAGGCAUUGCUUCAAAUGACAUGCCCGUUGCAGGUGCCGGCCAAUAUCCCCUGUAGGGUUCCGAUUAAUACACUGCACGUCCGUGCACCUGAUCUUACACUAACACCUUUGUCCCUUUGUCCAUUCCUUCUUCCAAUAUAAUUCGAGGGUUGAAGAGGUUGUUAAGCAACGUUCACUCUGAAAAAUCCUUCACAAUAAUCUUCCCUCUAUGGCGCAGUUUGAGUAAUCAUCUCUCGAACAUCCACAGGUCCGUUAAUCCGCCCAAGGAUCCUUUGCUCUGCCACAUGUCCUCUGAAGGAGCUUACCCAGUACACAAGUAUAGUUUGGUACUAAGGGAACUUGUGUGACUUCUUUCAUAUUUGACUUACGACUCAAAAGUCUUUUUUAAACAAAGAGUGCAAUCCAACACCAUCACACAAAUUUGAGCAGAGGCAGUAAUUUUAUUGAUGCUGACGUAGAAGUCGACAAGUUGGAAUGGCAGUUUUGGAAUCUAAGGUUUGGAUCCUAGUAGAGGAGACAACAACAGCAACAACAACAACAACAACAACAAACCCAUUGUAAUCCCACAAGUGGGGUCUACGGAGGGUAAGAUGUACGCAGUCUUACCCCUAACUUUAUAGGGUAGAGAGGUUGUUCCCGAUUGACAACCCUCCUCCUUUAUCAGGGCUUUGGACCGACAAUGUGAACAGCUCAUAUAGGCAGUAACUAUUAGCUCAAACGCAUGGAGUGAUGCAGCGCAUGCUGUUAAUCAUGUGUAUGACAUUCUUUACAUGAUGGGGCGUGAUGAUGUUGUUGUUGGUGUGGGAGGCGAAGGUGGAAUACUUCCUGAUAGUACCAUUCUGCCAAAUGUUGGUGGAUAUCUGCCUAUGAUAGAUCAGGGAAAUGUUACAGCUGGAUAUUGUCGAUACAGGCAAGCUAUUCCUGUGGGCCAUGGAGGACGUCUGGACGUUAACUCAAAUUAUGGGUUCCGGAAGAGCUUCCUUCCACAGGGAAAGAGAACGUAUUCUCCUCUUCGACAGCCAACAGCACAGAAAGUAAUGAUUGAAACAAUUUCAGCUGGUCCCACAGUAGUUUUUCUUAUCGGAUCACAUACUAAUUUUGCUUUGUUUCUUCUAAGUAAUCCAUGUUUAAAGAAAAAUGUUGAGCACAUUUACAUCAUGGGGGGCGGCAUAAGGUCAAAGAACCCUAAAGGUUGCUGUCCAGACAAUGCUAGUUCCUCUUGCCAACCUCAACAAUGUGGUGACCAUGGCAAUUUGUUUACAGAUUACACAAGCAAUCCUUAUGCAGAGUUCAACAUAUUUAUGGAUCCUUUUGCUGCAUAUCAGGUUAUUCAUUCGGGUAUUCCAAUUACUAUUGUCCCAUUGGAUGCCACUAACACCAUUCCUGUGAAUAAAUUUUUUUUUGAGACAUUUGAGAAGAAUCAGCACACCUAUGAAGCACAGUACUGUUUCAAGUCGAUGAAAAUGGUUCGUGAUACAUGGUUCAAUGACCAAUUCUAUAAGAGUUAUUUUAUUUGGGACUCAUUUAUGGCGGGUGUAGCUGCUUCAAUCCUGCGUAAACGAUACAACCACCAAGGAGAAAAUGAAUUUGCAGAAAUGGAGUAUAUGAAUGUUACAGUAGUUACUUCAAAUAAGCCAUACGGUAUAUCUGAUGGAUCAAAUCCAUUUUUUGAUGAUAGUAAAGCUCCACGGUUCAACUUAGAAAGAAAUGGAGUUCACAGCGGCCAUGUUCAGACUAGACUUGGUGAUCCUUUUUGCAUAGUCAAGAAUGGGAGGGGCAGAUGCCAGGAUGGUUAUACAAAAGAAGUUGACAAGCCAGGAGGAGUACCUGUUCUUGUUGCUGUUAAAGCAAAACCUAAUCAAAAUGGUAGCAGCUUAUUAGACAGAGAGUUCUUUGUUAGCUUUCUGCAUGUCUUAAACCAAGCAGAACAUACUGGAAGAUUCAAUUUCACAACACAAUUUCCUUAUUACAGAGAAGUAUUUUACAAACCGGAUCUUAGGGGAAAGAAUUUCGGGAAGAAUCUUGUGUUUGAUAUGGAUAUGAGUGCUGGAGACUUUCUAGCUCUCUUCUAUCUCCUCAAAUUACCUGUAGAAGAUAUCAAUCUCAAGGCUAUAUUAGUGAGUCCGACUGGCUGGGCAAAUGCUGCAACAAUUGAUUCUGUGUAUGAUUUGCUUCAUAUGAUGGGUCGGGAUGACAUUCCUGUGGGCCUUGGAGAUGGAUUCGCAAUGAACCAGUCUGAUACUGUGUUCUCUGGUGUUGGAGACUGCAGAUACAUCAAGGUCAUCCCACAAGGUAGCGGUGGAUAUCUAGACUCAGACACUCUUUAUGGCUUAGCUCGUUCUUUACCUCGUAGUCCGAGGAGAUACACAGGAGAAAAUUCUGCAGAAUUUGGAGCUCCGCGAGAUACUGAUCAUCCUGAACUCAGACAACCUCUAGCAUUGGAAGUAUUGGAAUCAGUGGUGAAAUCACUUGGUCCGGGAUCGAAAAUUACCAUUUUGACGAAUGGCCCAUUGACUAAUAUAGCUAAGUUCAUACUAGAAAGCAAGAUUACAAGCAAGGAUAUACAGGAUAUAUUAAUUGUUGGGGGACACAUCAAUUAUGAUGACAUAGAGAAGGGAAAUGUCAUCAAUUUCCCUUGUAACAAAUUUGCGGAACUGAAUAUGUUUCUUGACCCUUUUGCUGCAAAAACAGUUCUGAGUUCUGAACAUAAUAUCACUCUCAUUCCACUUGGAAUGCAGCGGAAAGUCAGUGCAUUCCCUCAAAUUCUUGAAAAACUGUACGUGGAAAGGACACCAGAAGCCAUCUUCACCAGGCGCUUGAUGUCUAGGUUAUAUCGUCUGCAAGAGACGAAUCCUGUAUACCAGCAUGUGGAUAUGUUUAUUGGUGAGAUCCUUGGAGCUGUAGUAGCUGGAGAUCUCUCUGCACUAAAAUCAACCUUUGAAGUAAAGAAGUUAAAAGUGAGUGCUACUGGAGUUGAAUCUGAAGAUGGUGAAAUUAUUAUUGACAAAGCACAGGGAAAAGCAGUUAGAGUAAUGGUGAAUCUGGAUCCAUCAGUUUAUUACAAUAUUUUAAUAAAACGACUUGGGAAUAAAAACCAGUCAGCUGUAAUUGGAAGUUUCAAUGAGCAAAGAAAAAUUUGGAGUACACCAUCUACUUCAUCCAAUAUUUAGCAACAAAUGCAAAGUUGCUAAAUAAUACCUGGAGUUGAAUCUUACUGGGGAAAAAUAAGCGCUUCAUUUAUUUGUUUCGCAAAUCAAGAGAUUUGUUACAUUCAGAGUUACUCAGCACAUAUUUGUGUUGGUGAGAGAUAAGUCUAACCUGUUCCAUAUGAUCAAUUUGUCAUGUUGAUUGAAGACUACAAAUUUCAAAAUUUGUUCAGUGCUCUUGUCCUGGAAA